UCAUAAGGAGAAGAGAAGAAGACAAAGUAUAUUUCAUUUUACCGUCCUGUCUUGAAUUUCUGCCGCUCAGGUCCCACAUUUGCCAACUUCAAACCUGAAUCCAAGAAGUUCAGACUGAUCCACUAACCAAUAAAAACAAGAAAUCUACGUCCAGAAUUACCCUGGUACAACUUAGUUUAAGCUGUGAACCACAAAUUCAGACACUCAUUUUUGCUAUAAAUAGACAGGCCUUCAAUUCUAAACAGACCCCUUUACACAGACCUAUUUAUGGCCUAUUAUAGAAGAGGAGACACCAUCUUUGAUUCAUUCACUGUAAGUCCUCUGCCAUAUCCAGUUCUGCUAAUCCUAGCAGUGACAUCAAUCUUUCUUGGAAUAUCAUGGUAUGUUAACUAUGAAUCAGUUCUGGAAACUGUUGAAGAGCAAAUGAGUUGGGUACUUUUUGCCACACCAUUAGUGUUGAUACUCUUAGCUCGUUGGCUUUCAUCUAUGGAAGCUUCUGAUAUGCUAUUUAGUUCAUCACCAUGGGAACGUCGCCGCCAGACUCACCGUCGCCCUUCAGGGGAUAGCUCACCAUGGGUCGUGGCUACUUUUAUUGUGUUGUUGUUGAUUUUGGUGCAGUAUCAGUCAGUUUUCCGUGGGAGCUGGCUGGUAUGAUUGUGAAUUUGUGAUAUUAGUACUAUAGAUUGAAAAACUAUUUUAGAA